AAUACAUCACAAUUUCCAACAAAAGAAGAAAAAAACAUUACAACUACAGAAAUAACAGGUGGAGAAAAAAAUGUCCGCAAUGCCUAUGAAGACGUCAUGGCCGGAGCUCGUGGGUAUAAACGGAGACGAAGCUGCUUCGGUGAUAAAAAGCGAUGAGCCGAGCUUGGAAGUUGUCGUGCUUUUGGGUGGAACUCCGGUUUCUAUGGACUUUGUGUUUGAGCGGGUCAGAGUUUGGGUCGAUAGUGACCGUAUCGUCAUCAGAGUUCCUAGGGUCGGGUAAGACUAUGGUGUGACACAAUGAUGAUGUUCUCUCUAGAGAAGAAAAUCAACAAGACAAAUAAAAUCAAACCGAAGCGGUUUAUGUUAUUCCACAUCAGCUGUUAAUAAGGAGAACAAUCCUGGGUCUCCCUAAGUGUAGGAGCAAGUCUCCACCUUUCAUUUCCCUUUCUCUUAAUUUGUAAGGAGCAAGUCUCCACUUUUCCCACUUUCUCUAGCUUCCCGAGGGAUUUGGAGACCUAAUGCAAAAGUAAAUAAUUCAUUAUAUUUUCACAUAUAUUAUAUACUAAUUAUCAUCAUAUCUAUUACUAUAAAAGUUGAUGCUAAAUGCAUCUAAGCAUGUCCACAUAUGAUUUAAAGAUUCAAUUCUAUUGGUACACAUAA